UUGUUGAAAAGUAGUGAGGAGUAUCAUUUCCAUCCAUCUAACUAGACGAUUGUUUUCACCACCGUACUGUAAGACAAUGUGUCAAUCACCAUCGUUGAUACAAGCGCCUGAUACAAUGUUUUAGUUCAACCUAUAUGGCGCGUAGACGUCAAUAUUUGUAUAAUUUUGAUGAUACAUUGAAUCAACGCGCGUGACACAACGACUGUCUGUAUCUUCGAAACCCCCAAAAUUAUCAGGAACCAUUAUUAGGCUACUAAUACUAUGAUAUUAAUAUUUGUAUGGAGAUGACAACCUCACAAUUGCAUGCGCAGGUCGUUUUCUCCGAGGGAAACUAUUCGGAUAGUUAUUUCCAUGUGUUUACCGGCGCUUAUGUUGGUGGUUUUUAAUUAGAUUCUUUGUUUGAGACAUGCUGGUCCCUGUUUUCAACUCUUGUUUUGAGAGUACGAUAUAGCCUACCAAUGUCAAUUAAAAUAAAUAAUGUUAGUCUUGAGAUUAGGACAGAUUUCACCCUUCUUGGUCUCAGAAUCCAUGUAAGAUGUUGUCCCUCAUAAAAUGUCAGUUUAAACUAGGUACAACAUGCUUUUGCAUUGACUGUACUUUCUGUUUCUCUGGAUAAGCUCUCACAUUGACAUCUCAGAUUCAGAUACAGAACCAGUACAGCCAGUGGAGAAUAGCAAUGUUGGUCAUACCACUAGCAUUGUCAAUGCCUGGGGCCAAAAUAAGAGACCAUAUCUUCUUUUUUUUUUAAUGGAAAGGUGCACUGCUUGGUUUCUGUAAUCAGAGCCCACUGAAACAUGUUUCGUUAAACAUUUCUGUUCCAUGAGUGUCUGUUGUGUCUGUCAUAGUCACCAGCGUAGGGGAGGAUGUUUUUCAGUGUCACUGUCUACGUUGGCUAUCUGCAAGCAACAUUCCUCCAAUUCCAAUGGGAGACUACUCCAGAGCAGGGCCCUUCCACAACACCGGCUUUGCAGGCCCCCUUCACACUAUUAACAUGGAUGGCAGGGACGAUUUCAUUGAGGACAGCGAAUGCCACAGCAACAAUUCCCAACAGGACAGCAUUUCAGGGCUGUGUUUGCCUCCAUAGAAGACAGUGAUAGCGACCUGGACAACCACGACUCAUCCUCCAACACCUCAGCUGACGACCACAUGACCUCCACCAAGAGAACACACCACAGGGGAGUUAAAGAAGAGAGCGAGGAGGGGGCCGACCUGAUGAGCAGCUGUGUGUGUCCUCUGUGCACCCUGGAGUUCAGCAGCCCCGAGCAGCUCAUCACACACGUCUACCAGCACACAUCGUUGAUGGGCAGCAGUAAGAACUACGUGUGCCCAGUGUGUGGGCGCACGCUCAGCUCGCCAGGCUCCCUGGGGCGCCACCUUCUCAUCCACUCUGAGGACCGCCUCUCCAACUGUGCUGUGUGUGGGACACGCUUCACCAACACCAACAACUUCAACAGGGAGAAGCUCAGAGAGGUCCUGAACACAGGCAGCAGUAUGGAAUGCAGCAGCGGAGAUGAGAACUGUUCCAUGUCCCGGUCUCUCUCCAGCAGCCCCAUGGGCAACCCCGGUCAUGGCCUGGGACACGGCCACGGGCCCAGCCACAACCAAGGACACAACCCUGGCCGUGGCACAGGCCACAUCCCGGGACACAGCCACGGCCCGGGAUACAACCCCGGCCACAACCAAGGACAUGGCCCAGGACACAACCAUGGCCAAGGUCUCGGACACCUCCCAGGCCACCCACUCCCUUCACUGCACCACAGCCUCCUCUCUUCACCCCCCUCCUUCCCUGACGCCCUCAGCCCCUCACCCGGCCUACCCAUGCUGCCAGACAUCCUGAGCCCCAUGCCUGUGCACCCGGCCGGAGUGCUGCUGGUGUGCAACAGCUGUGUGGCCUACCAGCAGCUGGUGGACGCCCAGUCUCCCAUGAGGAAGUGGGCCAUGCGCAGGAAGAACGAGCCGGUGGAGGCACGCAUGCACCGUCUAGAGCGUGAGCGUUCCGCCAAGAAGACCAAGCGGGAGCACGAGUCACCCGAGGAGCGGGAGCUGCGGAGGCUGCGGGACCGCGAAGCCAAGCGGAUGCAGAGGCUGCAGGAGACAGAGGAGCAACGGACACGGAGGCUUCUGCGCGACAGGGAGGCCAUGCGGAUGAAGAGGGCCAACGAGACGCCAGAUAAGAGGCAGGCCAGGCUGAUCCGUGAGAGAGAGGCCAAGAGACUGAAACGGCGGCUAGAGAAGAUUGACCCCUCCCUGAGAGGUCAGAUAGAGCAUGACCCAGCUGCUAUGGCUGCCCUGACGGCAGACAUGAGCCUGUUCCAGUUCCCCUGCCCCAUGCCUGUCCCCUCUCUGGACAACAGCCUCUUCAUGAAGCUGCCCUAGCAGGACCAGGUCACUGGGGCAGCACACUGGGCAACUAACAGUUAUAAAGGCCUCUCCACUACGCCUGUGGGUUGCCAUGGCCACAGAUGGAACCAUUCCAUGCUGGUUGAAAUUCCAGCAGCUUCUGUGUCCAGCGACUUGAUACCCGAACUCCUGUGUCAGCAAAUAACAUUAAUUUAUUACAGACUAGCAGGAAAGAAGAGCAGGUUCAAGAAUGUUUCACUUAAUGGUAGGUAUUGAUAAAGCAUGUUGUAAAGAGAUUUUAUCUGUUCUGUUUUGGGGGCAAGCAGACUUUGACAUACCAGCCCAUUGUGACAGGAGGAGUUACACCCUUCCAUCUUUUGCACAUGGACCUUCAGUGGUGGGAAUGAGUCACGUAGCCCAUAGCUCUCUCCCUCGCCUCUUGUCCCUUCUGCUAGCAAAGUCGCUGGAGUUUACCGGUAGCUACACCUCUCUCACGCUGCCAACGUGGGUCUCUGCUCUGGCUAGCUCAUAUCCACCCAAUCAACUACCUCAGUAAGGGGCUGAGGCCCGAGCCCUCUGUGGCCUACGUUCUGACUCCAAGCUUCUUUACACGUUACACUACAGAAGAGAAUGCAGGUUUUUUCCUUAGUUUGAGGGUGUGUUUAUAUCUUUAGGACGUAUUCACAGCUCACCAGGAGAAUAUUCAACAGGACAGAACAUUCAGUUAGACAGUCAGAAAUGUACUGUAUAAAACGGGAACAAUAGAAAAUGGGCCUGUUCUAUACAUCACAUUUCUAUCCGCUAUGCUCUGAAUAUGCUGUACUAUUUAAUGAGCCCUGUUUUGAGCAACAUUAUCCUCCAUUCCAGCAUAUUCUCUUCAACUCAAAAUAUACUGCCACUACUGUAGGUCUCUUUGCCUUUUAAUUAGUCACAUUGACCUUCCUCAAUCUGUUAUUCCCUCGUACCUUCAACACUCAACCUUUGCCAAGUAGUUGGUAAUAAUUUCCUUUUUACAUCUUCUGUUGCAUUGACAUGUUCUGUAUAUGUUACUGUUCUGUAUAUGUUAGUUCCCUCUAGGACAUUUAGUACUCAACAUGUGAACUGAGAGUGCUAAUUUACUUGCAUUUUUCUAAAUGCCCCAAAUUGUCAUAUUUCCUUCCUCACUUAGCCAAUGUAUUGAAAUAUGCUCAUACAGUUGAAGUGGGAAGUUUACAUACACUUAGGUUGGAGUCAUUAAAAAUAGUUUUUCAACCACUCCACAAAUUACUUGUUAACAAACUAUAGUUUUGGCAAGUCUGUUAGGACAUCUACUUUGUGCAUGACACAAGUCAUUUUUCCAACAAUUGUUUACAGAUUAUUUCCCUUUUAAUUCACUGUAUCACAAUUCCAGUGGGUCAGAAGUUCUGGAAUUUUCUGGAAUUUUCCAGACACAGUCAAUGUAGUGUAUGUAACACUACAUUGACUGUGUCUGGAAAAUUCCAGAAAAUUAUGUCAUUGUUUUAGAUGCUUCUGAUAGACUAAUUUACAUAAUUUGAGACAAUUUGAGGUGUUCCUGUGGAUGUAUUUCAAGGCCUACCUUCAAACUCAGUGCCUCUUUGCUUGACAUCAUGGGGAGAUCAGCCAAGACUUCAGAAAAUAAUUCCACAAUUCUGGUUCAUCCUUGGGAGCAAUUUCCAAACGCAUGACGGUACCACGUUCAUCUGUACAAACAAUAGUACACAAGUAUAAACACCAUGGGACCACGCAGCUGUCAUACCGCUGAGGAAGGAGACGCUUUCUGUCUCCUAGAGAUGAACGUACUUUGGUGCGAAAAUCAAUCUCAGAACAACAGCAAAGGACCUUGUGAAGAUGCUGGAGGAAACAGGUACAAAAGUAUCUAUAUCCACAGUAAAACAAGUUCUAUAUCGACAUAACCUGAAAGGCCGCUCAGCAAGGAAGAAGCCACUGCUCCAAAACCGUCAUAAAAAAGCUAGAAAAGGGGGAUGCUUGCAAGCUGAAGAACACCAUCCCAACCGUGAAGCACGGGGGUGGCAGCAUCAUGUUGUGGGGUGCUUUGCUGCAGAAGGGAUUGAUGCACUUCACAAAAUAGAUGGCAUAAUGGGGAAAGGGAAAAUGUUGCUUCAAUAUAUCCACAUCUCAAGACAUCAGUCAGGAAGUUAAAGCUUGGUGGCAAAUGGGUCUUCCAAAUGGACAAUGACCCCAAGCAUACUAAUAAAGUUGUGGCAAAACGGCUUAAGGACAACAAAGUCAAUGUAUUGGAGUGGCCAUCACAAAGCCCUGACCUCAAUCCUAUAGAAUAUUUGUGGGCAGAACUGAAAAAGCGUGUGCGAGCAAGGAGGCCUACAAACCUGACCCAGUUACACCAGCUCUGUCAGGAGGAAUGGGCCAAAAUUCACCCAACUUAUUCGGGGAAGCUUGUGGAAGGCUACCCGAAACAUUUGACCCAAGUUAAACAAUUUAAAGGCAAUGCUACCAAAUACUGAGGGCAUGUAAACGUCUAACCCACUGGGAAUGUGAUGAAAGAAAUAAAAGCUGAAAUAAAUAAUUCCCUCUAUUCUGACAUUUCACAUUCUUAAAUAAAAUUGAUCUUAACUGGCCUAAGACAGGGAAUUUUUACUAGGAAUAAAUGUCAGGAAUUGGGAAGCACCGAGUUUAAAUGUUUUUGGAUAAGGUGUAUGUAAACUUCCGACUUCAACUACUUGUGUCAGGGUAAAAGCUAUAUUUUGAAUAACUCAUCUUUGCAUUUUACCAGUGAUCUCACUUUGCAGAGUUCUCCAAUGAGCAUGUUCUAGACUCAUUAUUAAACCGGUUGACCCUUGACCAGUUGGGAGAGAUCUCUGGUCUUAUCUGUUUCAUUGACCUCAUUCCAAUUGAUAUUUAUGCAACAUGUGAAUAUAUAUUUUGUAAAGAAAAUUGGGGGAUAUUUUUUUGGUUUGGUAUAUAAUAGAUGAAAGUACACAUUUUGCCAUGUUUGGUUCUAUACUGUCCAGAUUUUUUCCCUUCUCUUUGGUCAUAUGUUCUCAAUUUCUUGCCACAAAGGUUACCUCCGAUACACAAUGUUUCACAACUGAGCUCUGCAGACACAUAUUGACAAUAUUACAGUACAUGAUUAGUUUUCUGGAGUAGUCCUUAAGAUAGGAACUAAGCCGGUUCUCAGUUUGAGCCACUACCAGGCUAAAGCCCAGAACAGAAUAGCAUCCCGCUCAACAGGGGAAAAAGCUAUUAUAUUCUAAUUGUCCAUAAGUCUAGGAGUGGUUCAAACCUCUAUGCAACAAUGCUGUUUAUUCCAAGGGAAAUUUGACUCUUAAAACUAUGCAGAGUGCAGUAAAAAACAAAUGGACUCAAAUGUAUGGAAUUGUGCAACUCAGGCGAUGCAACUCAGCGAGGCCUCUUUGGCCAUAGAUUCAGCGCCCUGGUCCAUGAACUUCUUUUCAGCAGGGUCAUAUCACUAUCCUAAUUUAAGAUACACAGAGAGCAGAGCCAUGCUCAAGACAAAGUUGUCACACACGGUCAUUAUCUUUGCUAUAAAAUCUGUAUCAACAUUUCUGCCAAGUACUGAACGUAUGGACACCUUUUCAAUAAUGAAUACUGGGUAUUCUGACUGAUUUGAACUGGCAGCUGAUAUUAGUGUCAUCAUCCUUACACAGUGGAAUAAUGCAAUGGAAAAUGUGGAGUACGCUCUUCUUUGACAUUAAAAUACUACAAAAGGAAAUUGUAUCGACAGUUUCCCAGGUUCUGUUUGUGCUUUUGAACAGCACUGUCUAAAGCUCUGCCUAGCGUGACAGUCUGGAUUAGGUUAACACUGCAUGUCGUGAAACUGCAUAUGUUCUAGAAUGGUUCAAUAUGAACUUGUAUUCUACUGUUAUUCUAUGCCUGCCUGUUUUUGUUCAAUUUAAUCAAAAUAUGAUCUUUGGCCUUUUUACUAGUCUAUCAGGAUAUUCUCUUGAUGCCCAUGUUUACAAAGGAAAUCCUUUUAAGAAGGCCAAAAUCAAUGAGUGUAAACAAAAGUGAAAAACAGAACACUUUACACUCGUUCUGUUGUCACUGCUCAGAACGGUACUUUUACGGCAGCCAUUCUGCUACUGGAUUAACAGAUGUACAGAUCAUGUUAAAAGCAGGAAUAGAAUGUGGAAAUAAACAUUGACUUUGACACCCGC